GUCAGGUAUCCUGCCGGAAAUUCCUUUUGUUGAUCAGCGGAGAUUUGUUUUUCGGGCUCUUUUGAGAACUCUUAAUUAUCUGUUUUGUCUGUUUUCUAUUCCCAGGCAACUUCUUGAAUCUUGGUGCGUUACCAACAGAGACAUUACUCGUGUUGGAUUGGAGUGCCUCGUAUAGAAACCGAGUAAUUGUCUUAACUGUUGUCGGGCCCGAGGUUGGGCUAACGUUAGCCUAGCAUUCAGUGAAGUCCUGCUAGCUAGCGUUAGCUUGAGUUAGCUGUCACACCGGCUCGUCUAAAAGACAGCUGUACUCUCACUUAACUCAUUGACAAGAACAGUUAAAACAAACUUUUACAAACCAUGGCAGUUGUCAACGAAGGUGCCCUGAAGAAAAUGCUGAAGCAAUACAAGUACAGGGAUCUGACUGUUCGUGAGAUAACCAAUGUCAUCUCCCAGUACAAGGACUUGAAGCCUGUUAUGGAUGCUUAUGUGUUUAAUGAUGGCUCCACAAGAGACCUGAUGAGCUUGACAGGAACAGUCCCAGUGAGCUACAGAGGCAACGUCUACAACAUCCCAGUGUGUCUGUGGUUGCUGGACACAUAUCCCUACAACCCUCCCAUAUGUUUUGUCAAACCUACCAGUGCCAUGAUGAUCAAAACUGGCAAGCACAUUGAUGCCAAUGGCAAGAUCUACUUGCCUUAUCUGCAUGAGUGGAAGCAUCCUCAGUCAGACCUGUACGGUCUGAUUCAGGUGAUGAUUGUGGUGUUUGGAGAGGAGCCUCCUGUGUUUUCUCGUCCCACUACACAAGCCCCCUACCAAGCCUUCCAAGCAGCUGGACCCCCAAACUCUUCAUACAUGCCUGCCAUGCCUGCAGUGUCACCCUACGGCCCAAAUCCUAACCCAGGAGGCUAUCCAGGAUACCAGUACCCAGGGGGCAACUCCUACCCGGCCACUGCAGGCCCUGCACACUACCCCACCCAGACUCCAGUCUCCACAGUCGGUCAGAGCAGAGAUGGCACCAUUGGCGAGGACACCAUCCGCGCAUCUCUGAUUUCAGCAGUAAGUGACAAGCUUCGCUGGAGGAUGAAGGAGGAGAUGGACAGAGCUCAGGCUGAGCUGGACGCCCUGAAGCGAACAGAGGAAGACCUGAAGAAAGGACAUCAGAAACUAGAGGAGAUGGUCUCAAGACUGGACCAGGAAGUGACUGAGGUUGACAGGAACAUCGAGCUGCUAAAGAGAAAGGACGAGGAACUCAGUGAAGCCCUGGAGAAGAUGGAGAACCAGUCAGAGAACAAUGACAUUGAUGACGUCAUCGUGCCCACCGCUCCGCUGUACAAACAGAUCCUGAACCUGUAUGCUGAGGAGAAUGCAAUUGAGGACACUAUCUUCUACCUGGGAGAGGCCCUGCGCAGGGGUGUCAUAGACCUGGAGGUUUUCCUCAAGCAUGUACGCCUUCUGUCGAGGAAGCAGUUCCAGCUUCGUGCCCUCAUGCAGAAAGCUCGCAAGACUGCCGGCCUUAGUGACCUCUACUGACCCACACUGACUACCUGGAAGCUUUCAUAUCUUAAUUCUCUCCUCCUCUCCUUUCAUCCUCCUUUUUAUUUUAUUUCCUUUUUCAUGACUCCUUGUAUUUCGAACCGCUGCUCCUUCCUUUUUUUUUUUUUUUUUUAAACUCUAUAAAAUCUGUGACAGGAAUCUGAGCAGUAACUCUUAUGAAGAAUUGGACUGUUUUGUUCAGCACGGUGAAAUUACAACUGUGGCCACAGUUGUAGUUUGACACCUUUUGUAUUUUGAUCUGACCAAAUAUAUUUUUGAGAUCAUUAUGCAUUAACAGUCAAGACCCAGACAUGACACCCUUACUUUUGUGCCCCAAUAAAAUAAUAAUAAUAAUUAAAAAUAAAUAAAUAAAUAAACAGUCACCACGCUGUGAACCAGGUACUGUGGUUGACAGAACAACCUGCUUAGGACAUGCCAUAUUGAUAAAGGUAAGGUGUGAGCCUAUUCUGUGUAUAGUGUAUGUGAGUAUUUGUGGUGUAACUGGGCUGAUGUACAGUGAGCUAGUGCGUCGACCUGCAUGUGCUGCACUGUAGGGUGGCCCACAGGUUCUGUUAGCAGUCCCUUUGCCAGACAAAGUAAUUUUGCUAGUAAGCACAAAUUUGCUAGGGGCUAGUAGAGAGGGGCUUUGUAGAGAGCCUCAUAUGUCCACACCCCCUCAUAAUGAAAAGGUUAGGCUCUGAUAUAAAUACCCAGGGCAACCUUUCAGGAAGGACAGGAGUUCAGCCUCAGGAUUUAAUGCUGGUGUAGGACAUGUUCAUUGUCCAUGGAGUCAAAUGGGUCGCUUUUCAUGAAGUAGAAGUGAAUAUCAACACUUACCUGAAGUGUGUUUCUUCUCUGUCUUCUUUGGGUCUGUUAAUGAGCAGAGUGUGGAGUUCCCAUUCACUUGCCCGCACUACAUGUUUUUCCCUGAUCUGUGCGUGUCUUUUUACGAUAGUAUGAGUGAGGAUCUUUCACUGUGUGUCAGCUGCUCAGGUCUACCCUCCAGUCUGACUGCAUUAACUGGUCAGUCAUGUACAGUGGUUGUUUGACUCUGUACACUGUCUCUAAUUAAGGUGUGUGGCAGUCUUGACAUACUUAAUUCUAUAAGGUAUCAUAAAAGAUAUUCUGUAUUUUUAUUUACUUUUCUAUUUUCCUUGUGCUGUUGACUUACUCUCAGUCCUGCUGAGAAGUUUAGGUUUUCAGUAAAAAGUUGUGUAUAAAGCCAGAGUGUUGGAGGGUACAAAAAAAAGAACUAUUGUACUAAUCAAAAAGUUAACUUAUGUGAAGUUUGCAAAACAGGUCUCAUUUAAAUUAGCCUUUUACUAAAUGCACUUUGAAUUGUAUGAUAGAAUAUCUGCUGUUAUUUUUUUUCUUGUUUCCAAUUCAACCACCUGUUCUUUUAUAUCUGUAGAUUUAUGUAAAUCAGUACAAAUAAAAUAAAUCUGAUUUAAUGGUUAA